AUGUCUGUGCUCACUUACGUAGUUCUCAUCUGUUUUGCUAUUUUUGGUAUUCAGUAUUGGUUGAAAAAUAAAAGCUAUAUUUUCCAGGCAAAAGAUAUUGAAAAGAUAGCAAGACACCAUGUCGGAAAGGGUAAGUAAAGAUGACUUUUUGUAAUUAUGAUGUUUAUAUACUGAACCUGGCCCGGGUUGUUCAAACGUUCGAUAACGCUAUCCUUCGGAUAAAAUUAAUUAACCACUAUCUAGUAAAUAAGUAUUCAGGAAACCAAUUGCACUAUCCACUGGAUAGCGCUAUCCACCUUUUCAACAACUGGGGCCUGGGUUUCAGCUGAAAUUACAUGUAUUAGCUCUUCCAAAGUUAGCUUAAUAUUCACUCAACGGUUGAGCAUUGUUUUGCUUUAGGAAUCCGUUGGUACUUUGUUUGCGGGCCAACGAAUCAAACUUCUGGCACUGUGUUGUGCUACAUAUAGUAAUCGGCUGAUGCCGCUUAUCCGACGGGCUACCAACAGACACUCAUUAGCAUAAGAAUUGAUUUUGCAUGAAUUCUUACUAAAGAAGAAAAUACUGCAUUUAACGUUGUCAUAGUCGAGUCUCCUUCGCAGCCGUUUUUGUCUCGUCACGCAACGCUCCUCAUUUUUUGCGUUAUAUGAUGAGAUAAAAAAGACCAACAACGGUUGCGAGGGAGACUAUAGUAUACCUGCCAACUCUCACGCCUUAGGCGUGAGUCUCACGCCUGAGGUUUGAAAACUUCGAUCUCACGCCGGCUCAUGCUUGCGGCUAAUUUCUCACGCCUGAUUGAAAAAUGUGAGUUGCUGCGGUCUUGCUUGACACAACUUCCAAAAAUAUGUUAACUCAGACCCAUUUAAGGAACGAAAACCAUGUGUAAAAUGAAUAAAUGACAAUACCUUUCUCGCGAUCUCUGAUUUUUGAAGUGAAAAGCACUGGGAGCGAGCUCGAGUUUAUACGCGUCCUAAGACUGGGACUCGAUAACUUCGCCUUCGGCAGACUUCGGACGUCUUCGGAAGUCUUUGGACUUCUUCGGGAAUCUUCGGAAAUGAUCGUGUCGUCUUCAAAAAUCCCAGCACUCCCAGGAUAAAAAUCUCACGCUUAUAUCUUAGAAAAAGUUGGCAGGUAUACUAUAGUUAACAUGAAACGAAUAAUUCUUGUGAUGUCGUCCCUUAAUAGUGAUCUUCACUGAAAUAGUAAUCUGUUUAACAUCUCUUAUUUAAACAGAUAAAAGUAUAUCUGCCACAUUUUCCAACAUUGCGUUAGAAAUUGAAAGGAAGUAUCCUGGCCAUGUGUUGCCUGAGGAGGUCAGAGAAUGGCUGUUUAUUAAUGCAGGUGGCUGGAUGGGAUCAAUGUAUGUCUUACAUGCAUCACUUACAGAAUAUGUUCUGUUCUUUGGAACGGCUUUGGACACCCAAGGACAUUCAGGUAUUGCAGUUUGUACACUUGCCACCCUCAGGUACUGUAAGGGAAUCGUAAUUCUGGAAUCCGGGAAAAUUUUGCUUGUGUAAUCCAGAAUCCUGGAUGAAUCAGUGCACGAAUUAGUGCAUGACUACAACAUGAAAAUGCCUAAUUUCAUUUGAGGAUAUAUUUUUAAAAAAGGGGCGAAGAAGUUUUCCCAUGCUUUCUGAACUUGGGUAUGGUUCUUAGUCUUCUUAGAAAUUCAAUUGCCUGUGUUUGGCGAACUAAGCGUGUUGGAAUAAUGGUGAUAGAGAUUGAAAGAAUGCAAAUUCACUUUUUAAGUGAUGUUUUUUUCACUGCGCCGUCGCCAUCGUGGUUAUACAGAAGAUCCUUAUUUUUCAGCGAGAUACAGGCUUGCAACGAUAAAAUAAGGAAGAUAUUCAUCAUUAGUUGUCUUCUUUUCAUUCAGGACGUUACUGGGCCAACAUUUCUGAUACCUUACUCACUGGAUCAUAUCGCCAAUGGACAGAGGGUCGUUUUGGCAGCCGUGUGUAUUCCCCUGGGGAAACUGUGUAUCAUACUUGGGGUGACGUCACGGCAAUGCAUUGGACAGCUGGAACAUGGAUGGUGGAAUAUGGGCGUGGCUUUAUUCCUUCCACGCUCGGAUUUGCUUUGGCUGAUUCUAUUUUUAGCACAACGGAUUUCAUCCAGAUUUUCAAAAUUGCUAGAAUGUACGCAAGAGCUUUAGUCCAGGAAACAUUGUUUCAGGUUUUUGAAUUUAUUAAAAUGAUGAAGAAGUGAUGUUCAUCAUAGCAUCUUGGUCUGGAUUUGCGUUGAUUUGUUUAAUAAAAUGACCCUCUGCUGGACACAGCCUAUGGACUUAGAUGUGUGUUGAGUCAAGAGCCCAUAAAUAGGAGCAAGCAACUCCCAUACUUAAGGCCUGUGUCACGGUGUUUUUUACAUACCAGUUUAUUUUUAGACACAUUUUAGGGCACUUUUUCCUGUGAAAAUAGAAUCUCCAGCAUGUCUAUGAGCACAUUCGAAGUAAAUGAUAUCAAAAAGGAAACUAAACGUAAAUAUCAUUUUUAAGUCAGUCUGUAGGUUUUGCUGACUGGAUUGUGGAAUUUAAAUGAUGUUCAAAAUUCGCAACAAAACCGUUUUAAAAAUAGGAUGGUCUCUGAAAACCCUGUGACAGGAUUGCGUGGAAGUUGCUUAUGGGCUCCGCAGCCUCAGUUAAGUCUUAGAUCCUGUGUGAAAUGCAGUAGGUAACGCCUAGGUGUAUACAAGUCUUGAGUGAGAGUAGCCCUAUGUUUAAUAGCAACUGACACAAGGUACUACUUACAGUGUUCAAAGCUAGCUCAAAGUCUGUGAUAACUUAAAAAUACAAUGCACUGUAAAGUGAAACAGAUAGGGAAAAGAGCAUCAUAUAUUGGAUUAAAAUAGUAUUAAAAAUAGCCCUAUAUUUCUUUUAAAUCAUUAAAUGGUAAUAUGAAGGGUCGUGAGAGUCAAUUGCUUAAAGAUCAUAAAAAAGACGGUAUGCCUACUUUGUCAAAAUGUAGAUCCAGUUUAAAGUUCCUUGUACCGAGGUGUUUCCUGAAUGGCAUGAAUCGAGCCUUUUUUCAGAGGAAUGCUGCUCGAUUGACAACCCUGGAAAUCACCCUUGUGAAAUUUGUAUCAUGUGGCUUAUUGACUUUAUUUAAAGUGGAAUAAACUAAACAACAAAUCACAGUAAACUGAGCAGUGGCAGAUCCAGGGGAGGGGACCAUCCCCCCCCCCCGGCCGAAAAAUUUUUUUUGAGACCUCCCCCCCCCCUCCCCUUAUCUCAGGGUCUGGAUGACCAGGCCUCCCCCUUAUCUAAAGGUCUGGAUCCGCCACUGUUGAGUAUAAGCUGGUAUGGGAUUGGACGGACACCUUGCUAAAACGGACACCUAGAGUUGCUCCCUGCCUUUCUUUACGCUCUUUAGUUCCGUCUUAAGAAGACGCGGGCAUCUCUCUAUGAUGGAUGCAUAUAAUAUUGCCGGUCUCAAAGCUGUCCGUCUUAGAGAGUUCACUUUGAGGGGCUGGGGGCGAGUUUUUUUUACUGUCUCGUAAAAACUUCUUCCUUUACCUUAAUUAACUUCACCACUGCCUUACUUGGCAAAUGUUUUAAUCCGUUUCCUGCCACUUGGAGAUGCCCCUUAUCCCAUGUUUAAGGCCUGUGUCACGGUGUUUUUACAGACCAGUUUAUUUUUAGACACAUUUUAGGGCACUUUUUCCUGUGAAAAUAGAAUCUCCAGCAUGUCUAUGAACACAUUCGAAGUAAAUGAUAUGAAAAAGGAAACUAAACGUAAACAUCAUUUUUAAGUCAGUCUGUAGGUUUUGCUGACUGGAUUGUGGAAUUCGCAACAAAACCGUUUUAAAAAUAGGAUGGUCUCUGAAAACCCUGUGACACGAUUGCGUGGAAGUUGCUUAUGGGCUCCGCAGCCUCAGUUAAGUCUUAGAUCCUGUGUGAAAUGCAGUAGGUAACGCGGAGGUGUAUACAACUCUUGAGUGAGAGUAGCCCUAUGUUUAAUAGCAACCGACACAAGGUACUACUUACAGUGUUCAAAGCUAGCUCAAAGUCUGUGAUAACUUAAAAAUACAAUGCACUGUAAAGUGAAACAGAUAG